AUGGCUCCCGGCAAAGAAGAUGCCUCUAUUCUGGACCAGAAACGCCAAGACGGCAGCUACCCCAAUGCUCAACCAUCAUCAACAGCUCCCUUAGUCUCAGAAUCUGCAACCGAGCCAGCUCCCAUCGCCGGUCCAAGCACGCAACUAGAUCCAUUAGAGAAGGCACCUACAUACGAAGAAGCAACAAGCGCAACCGGCCAUGUUCCGACCGUCGACUCGCCAUUUGACUUUCCUACAGACGCAGAACUUCCGCCCUCCUACGACGCUCACAGUGAAGCAGAAGCUGGGCCAAGCUCAAGCGCCUCCACGGCAAAACCCAUCGCGAUCCCUCAAAUCGCACCUGAUCCUGCCGCUCCAUUCCUCCCUUCUUACCCGCCAUCACUUCUAGCCUCUGGCAUCACUGAGCAAACAUGGCGCUCAUUCCUGAAUACCGUGUCUGCCUUCCUAACCGCCAAAGUAUCCGAUAGAGCCAUCGCCCACGCUGGAGACAUGGCAAAGAGCCUAGGCGAGCCGCCCAAAAACUACGGCAAGAGUCUUGUCACUCACACCAAAUCAGUUGGAAAGCAAAUCGCCAAAGACGCAAAGCGCUUCAACGUGUUCGGUGUGGCGUUUGGCGUCAUUGGAGGCGCAAUCUCCAUCCCAAUGCACGUUGCGUUUGGUGCGGUGCACACUAUAUUCGAGAUUCCGGCUACUGCCAUCUCUGCUGUGUCUAAAUCGCCUAGGACGCCGGUACAAAGGGCAGCUACAUACGCGGCUGUCGCCAAUAAGGAUUGGUUUAAUGCCAGGGGCCUUCAUGCGGUGUUGUUAGAUACGAAAGAGUUGGCGGAGAUGAUUCAUGUUCCCAUGAAAAAGAUUCUGGAGAUGGCUGCGGAUGGAGGGAAGAAUGGAACAGCGGCAGCUACUAUGGCUGCUUUGGAGCCACACAUUGAGAAGUUGAAAGUUGUGGAUGAUGAGGUUGUGGUGUUGAAUGGCAAGUCAUUGUGGUUGGUGCUUGUACCAGUUGUCAAGGAAGAAGAGCCGAAGAAGUAG